CAGUAACCUCAAGCCCAUAGCUACAAGUAGCUAAAUAAACUAAAUACUCUCUCUCAACACCCGGCCUUUCCUUCUCAGUGCUCUCCUGAUUUCGAUUCUUUUUAGCUUGAAUCGUUAAAUCUCAAACACCAUGGCAACCCCAAUGGCGGAGGAUUCGAGCUUCGAAGAUGACCAGCUUGCCUCCAUGACUACUGAAGAUAUCAUAAGAGGUUCUCGUCUUGUCGAUAACGAGAUUCGCAUUCUCAAGGAAGAGGUGCAGAGAACAAAUCUGGAGCUGGAUUCGUAUAAGGAGAAGAUAAAGGAGAAUCAAGAGAAGAUUAAACUCAACAAGCAGCUGCCUUACCUAGUUGGCAACAUUGUCGAGAUUUUGGAAAUGAACCCAGAAGAUGAGGCUGAAGAAGAUGGAGCAAACAUUGACCUUGACUCUCAAAGGAAGGGUAAAUGUGUGGUGCUGAAAACAUCAACUCGUCAGACUAUUUUUCUUCCUGUGGUUGGGCUUGUUGAUCCUGACAAGUUGAAGCCUGGUGACUUGGUUGGAGUCAACAAAGAUAGCUACUUGAUCUUGGAUACUCUACCAUCGGAGUAUGAUUCACGAGUGAAGGCCAUGGAGGUUGAUGAAAAACCGACAGAAGACUACAAUGAUAUCGGAGGCUUGGAGAAGCAGAUCCAAGAAUUAGUUGAGGCUAUUGUACUGCCUAUGACUCACAAAGAGCGAUUUCAGAAGUUGGGUAUUCGUCCUCCCAAAGGUAUCCUCUUAUAUGGACCUCCUGGAACUGGGAAAACAUUGAUGGCCCGUGCUUGUGCUGCACAAACAAAUGCCACUUUCCUAAAGUUGGCAGGCCCACAACUUGUUCAGAUGUUCAUUGGAGAUGGUGCCAAACUUGUCCGUGAUGCCUUCCAGCUUGCAAAAGAGAAAUCUCCCUGCAUCAUUUUUAUAGAUGAGAUUGAUGCUAUUGGCACAAAGCGGUUUGACAGUGAGGUUAGUGGAGACAGGGAAGUGCAGAGGACCAUGUUAGAAUUGCUUAAUCAGCUUGAUGGCUUUAGCAGCGAUGACAGCAUUAAGGUGAUUGCUGCAACAAAUCGCGCUGAUAUCCUGGACCCAGCCCUCAUGCGAUCAGGUCGAUUGGAUCGCAAAAUUGAAUUUCCACAUCCAACUGAAGAAGCAAGAGCUCGCAUCUUGCAGAUCCACUCAAGGAAGAUGAACGUCCAUCCUGAUGUGAACUUUGAAGAGCUUGCUCGUUCCACAGAUGAUUUCAAUGGGGCACAGCUAAAGGCAGUUUGUGUUGAAGCUGGGAUGCUAGCACUUCGCCGGGAUGCAACUGAGGUGAAUCAUGAGGAUUUUAAUGAAGGUAUCAUCCAAGUGCAAGCGAAGAAAAAAGCCAGCCUUAACUAUUAUGCAUAAACAAGCUAUAAAGCCACGUCGUGCAACCCUUUUCCCUACUUUUUUUUUUGUAAUUUCAAAAGAUGAAUUUUUUAUGUUAUUUUUUUUUUUGCCUUGUGAUGUGUUGUAGUGAAGAGUAAGAGCAUGAUCAAUUUUGAUGAUGUUCAUUAAAUGCACUUCAGUUAUGAGAAAAUUGACAUAUUAAUAUCUAUAUCAGGAUUUAGAUGAUUGAUGAA